AUGAUUGUUAAUAAACUUCAAAGACCCGUCAGUUCAAAUUACCGUCAAAGUAUAGUAGUGCGUAAUUUUUUAUGUACAUCGGUGCGAAGACGGAGACAACUUUCUUUACCGCAAUUAUCACCGUAUUAUGUCAAUUUGCUUUUAAGAGAAAAUGAAUUCACCUAUACGUUUACCGAAGAAGAUUGUCCGGUUUAUGGUUACGAGUCAAAUCAAUUGGGCGCGAAUAAGCCAUGUGAAGAUGCAAGAGCCGAAGCUAGUUUCAUGCAUAAAAGUGCAUUUAUAUGCGGCAUUUUUGACGGACACCGAGGACCGGCUUGUUCACAAGCCAUAUCAAAACGUUUAAUGCACUAUAUCGCCGCCAGUAUAACCGAUCGUCAAUUGUUAAAAGAGCAAAUGCAACAACAUUGUGAUAGUCAAUCGUUUCUCAGGUCCUAUAACGAUAAGAUGGAUUUUGUGAGUGAUAUUAAGGAUCUUUAUGAAUAUAGUUUCAUUAAAUUCAUACAAAGGAUUUCGGUUCGGGAUCAAAGUGAAUGCUCGAAGGAAAUUCAAAAUGCUUUUUUAUGUUUGGAUAGCGAUCUGUCUAAAGAAGCUAUAAAUUGUCCCAAUGCGUGGACAAUGUCGGUAGCUAUGUCGGGUGCUACGGCUUGUAUAGCUUAUGUGGAAGGUAGGGAUCUGCAUCUAGCGAGUACGGGUGGUUGUACCGCUGUUUUAGGCAGUUACAAUCUCGAAAUAGAUGAAUGGGACGCGAAGGAGCUUACUACCUCACAUGAUAGCACCAAUCGUCGCGAAGUAACCCGCGUAUUAUCUCAACAUCCGCGAGAAGAACGGCAUACCGCCAUACAAAGUCAUCGUUUGUUGGGCGGCUUGCAAGUCUUACGUGCCCUAGGAAAUUUUCGGUAUAAAUGGUCGAACGAAACUAUGGAGAAAUAUAUUGUACCAGUUUAUGGUGAAGUUGCCAAACUGCCAUUUUAUUAUACGCCACCCUAUCUAACGGCUGAACCGGAAAUCAAACGUUACAAAUUAAUACCGAAUGAUAAGUUUUUAAUUAUGGCCAGCGAUGGACUUUGGAAUUUUCUAACACCUACAAAAGCUGUAAACAUAAUUGGCGAUCAUAUAACUUCAAAACAUAUCUCAGAUCCUGAUCGGAUAGCAGCCGAGGACAAGUCUUUGGAAUUUUUAGGUGACUUCUCCAUGAAUUCUUUUGAUCGGAAUGCUGCUACGCAUCUGUUACGUCAUGCACUGGGGGCAUCGGAAUAUGGCGUUGAACAUUCGAAAGUCUCCUUUUAUUUGUCGGUGCCUCAGAAUGUGGUGCGUCUCUUUCGCGACGACAUAACGAUAACCGUGAUUUAUUUUAAUAACGAUUGCAUUUCCGCCUUAACCCAUAACGAGUCAAGAUGCGUUUAA